AUGCCUACUGAUCUCUCCUCUAACCUUACCAAAGAUGUCACCACCGAAGAAAUCAAAGAAGCUAUCUUUGCUCAAGGCAACGACAAAGCCCCGGGGCCGGAUAGUUACACUCCAUUGUUCUUCAAAAAGGCUUGGACCAUUGUUGGAGAGGAUGUUGUGGGAGCUGUAAAAUAUUUUUUUCAGCAUUCUUCAAUGCUUCUUGCAUUCAACGCUACCACUAUUGCUCUAAUACUAAAAACUCCAAAUCCCAUUAAAGUCAAGGAUUUCAGGCCUAUAUCCUGUUGCUCAGUCAUAUAUAAAACCAUAACCAAGAUUUUAGUCCAAAGACUGAUCCGUCUCAUCCCUGGAAUGGUCUCUAUCAAUCAAACUGCCUUCAUUAAAGGCAGGAGCAUUGUUGACAAUACUCUCUUGGCCCAAGAACUAGUUAAGGGAUAUGAUAGAAAAGUUAUAUCCCCAAGAUGUACAUUGAAGAUUGACCUCCAAAAGGCUUUCGACACUCUUCAUUAA